AUGGUCCGUCUUCUUGCCUUCAUUGUUCUGGCUGCUGCCACCGUCGAGGUAGUCUCUGCUGCUGCUCUGCCCACUCCACCGAGGCCCGCUGAAGUUACCAUUUGGCGUCGUAAUGAUGGCCCUCUCAGCACCAUAGCAGCAACUGCAGUUGAGACAGCCUUUCCAGCUGAGAAGACAACCACUGAGAUCGAGGAUGGGGAAGAUGUCCCCAAUGACGACACAGUUACCGGUGAGGAUGAUGAUGUCUUCACCGACGUGGCCGUUGCACUCUUGGCUGCCUGGCUGAUAAAGACUGUCGCCGGGGACAGACAUGCGUGGGUGGGCAAUGCCGUACUGCAGGCGGAGUCAACCCUCCUGCAUGCAAGCCUUACAAGCAGCUAUGUGCUGCCAAUGAAGAAUGUUGCUCAGGUGUCUGCCGCCUGGGAUGGCGCCUGA